AUGACUCCACACUCCACUGCAUCCUUGCUAACAUCACCUCUUACUGAGGCAGGAGUUGAGGGAGCAGCCCGUCUCUUUGGAGGAAACAGCUCCUGCUCUGGCACAGUGGAGAUCUUCCACUCUGGACAGUGGGGGACGGUGUGUGAUGAUUCCUGGGACCUGCUCGAUGCUGAGGUGGUGUGUAGACAGCUGGGCUGUGGCAGAGCCUUUCAGCACCAACAGGAGCACGCUUUGGAAAGGCAGCGGACCCAUCUGCUGCUUCAACAUGCAGCCUUUGGAGCUGGCACAGGGCCCAUGUUGGAUGAUGUCUCUUGUUCUGGGCAUGAGCUAGCCAUAGAAGACUGUGAACAUCCUGGGUUCGGAGUUCACAACUGUGGUCACAGUGAAGAUGCCAGUGUUGUAUGCGAAGGAGUUGAGGGAGCAGCCCGUCUCUUUGGAGGAAACAGCUCCUGCUCUGGCACAGUGGAGAUCUUCCACUCUGGACAGUGGGGGACGUGUGAUGAUUCCUGGGACCUGCUCGAUGCUGAGGUGGUGUGUAGACAGCUGGGCUGUGGCAGAGCCUUCUCAGCACCAACAGGGGCACGCUUUGGACAAGGCAGCGGACCCAUCUGGUAUGAUGAUGUCAUGUGCACGGGCAGUGAAACAAAGCUGUCUGAAUGCCGGCACCCAGGCAUCGGAUCUCACAACUGUGGCCACAGUGAGGAUGCUGGUGUUAUCUGUGAAGGUCCUGCUUCAACAGUGAGACUUGCCAACUCUACAAACCGCUGCUCCGGCAGAGUGGAGAUCUUCCAUUCUGGACAGUGGGGGACAGUGUGUGAUGAUAUCUGGGAACUGGACAAUGCCAAUGUGGUGUGCAGACAGCUGGGCUGUGGAGCGGCUCAAUCAGCUUUAUCCAGUGCAGCCUUUGGAGCUGGCACAGGGCCCAUCUGGUUGGAUGAUGUCUCUUGUUCUGGGCAUGAGCUAGCCAUAGAAGACUGUGAACAUCCUGGGUUCGGAGUUCACAACUGUGGUCACAGUGAAGAUGCCAGUGUUGUAUGCGAAGUGGAGAUCUUCCACUCUGGACAGUGGGGACGGUGUGAUGAUUCCUGGGACCUGCUCGAUGCUGAGGUGGUGUGUAGACAGCUGGGCUGUGGCAGAGCCUUCUCAGCACCAACAGGGGCACGCUUUGGACAAGGCAGCGGACCCAUCUGGUAUGAUGAUGUCAUGUGCACGGGCAGUGAAACAAAGCUGUCUGAAUGCCGGCACCCAGGCAUCGGAUCUCACAACUGUGGCCACAGUGAGGAUGCUGGUGUUAUCUGUGAAGCUGCUUCAACAGUGAGACUUGCCAACUCUACAAACCGCUGCUCCGGCAGAGUGGAGAUCUUCCAUUCUGGACAGUGGGGGACAGUGUGUGAUAUCUGGGAACUGGACAAUGCCAAUGUGGUGUGCAGACAGCUGGGCUGUGGAGCGGCUCAAUCAGCUUUAUCCAGUGCAGCCUUUGGAGCUGGCACAGGGCCCAUCUGGUUGGAUGAUGUCUCUUGUUCUGGGCAUGAGCUAGCCAUAGAAGACUGUGAACAUCCUGGGUUCGGAGUUCACAACUGUGGUCACAGUGAAGAUGCCAGUGUUGUAUGCGAAGUGGAGAUCUUCCACUCUGGACAGUGGGGGACGGUGUGUGAUGAUUCCUGGGACCUGCUCGAUGCUGAGGUGGUGUGUAGACAGCUGGGCUGUGGCAGAGCCUUCUCAGCACCAACAGGGGCACGCUUUGGACAAGGCAGCGGACCCAUCUGGUAUGAUGAUGUCAUGUGCACGGGCAGUGAAACAAAGCUGUCUGAAUGCCGGCACCCAGGCAUCGGAUCAAACUGUGGCCACAGUGAGGAUGCUGGUGUUAUCUGUGAAGGUCAGUACAGAUUUGUGCAGUACAUUGACACCAAGGAGUUGUUUUUGACAGCUGCUUCAACAGUGAGACUUGCCAACUCUACAAACCGCUGCUCCGGCAGGGAGAUCUUCCAUUCUGGACAGUGGGGGACAGUGUGUGAUGAUAUCUGGGAACUGGACAAUGCCAAUGUGGUGUGCAGACUGGGCUGUGGAGCGGCUCAAUCAGCUUUAUCCAGUGCAGCCUUUGGAGCUGGCACAGGGCCCAUCUGGUUGGAUGAUGUCUCUUGUUCUGGGCAUGAGCUAGCCAUAGAAGACUGUGAACAUGGGUUCGGAGUUCACAACUGUGGUCACAGUGAAGAUGCCAGUGUUGUAUGCGAAGUGGGGGACGGUUGUGAUGAUUCCUGGGACCUGCUCGAUGCUGAGGUGGUGUGUAGACAGCUGGGCUGUGGCAGAGCCUUCUCAGCAACAGGGGCACGCUUUGGACAAGGCAGCGGACCCAUCUGGUAUGAUGAUGUCAUGUGCACGGGCAGUGAAACAAAGCUGUCUGAAUGCCGGCACCCAGGCAUCGGAUCUCACAACUGUGGCCACAGUGAGGAUGCUGGUGUUAUCUGUGAAGGUCAGUACAGAUUUGUGCAGUACAUUGACACCAAGGAGUGUGUUUUUGACAGUGCUGGUGGAAACAGCUCCUGCUCUGGCACAGUGGAGAUCUUCCACUCUGGACAGUGGGGGACGGUGUGUGAUGAUUCCUGGGACCUGCUCGAUGCUGAGGUGGUGUGUAGACAGCUGGGCUGUGGCAGAGCCUUCUCAGCACCAACAGGGGCACGCUUUGGACAAGGCAGCGGACCCAUCUGGUAUGAUGAUGUCAUGUGCACGGGCAGUGAAACAAAGCUGUCUGAAUGCCGGCACCCAGGCAUCGGAUCUCACAACUGUGGCCACAGUGAGGAUGCUGGUGUUAUCUGUGAAGCUGCUUCAACAGUGAGACUUGCCAACUCUACAAACCGCUGCUCCGGCAGAGUGGAGAUCUUCCAUUCUGGACAGUGGGGGACAGUGUGUGAUGAUAUCUGGGAACUGGACAAUGCCAAUGUGGUGUGCAGACAGCUGGCUGUGGAGCGGCUCAAUCAGCUUUAUCCAGUGCAGCCUUUGGAGCUGGCACAGGGCCCAUCUGGUUGGAUGAUGUCUCUUGUUCUGGGCAUGAGCUAG